AUGGAAGCCAACGAACCAGCUUCACCAGAGCCCGAGGACACCACUAAUCUUGACGCGGAAUCUAAAUUUGAUCCCAUCCCCUACCCCACCAAGAUCCCGAUCCCCAACCUAACCCCGAAUCACCCGCAACUAACGACGACCCCACCCCAGAUGAUAACGGGGCUGCGCACCCCCAUCACUACUGGCUCUAAGUGUCUUAACCCAUUUGAACUGUUUCGUUCAGCAUUAAUUUGGUGCCGCUUGCCCGGCUGUAACAGUUCCUCAACUCCAUUCAAAGCCUGCAAAAUUCACUCCCUCUGCACGUGGUGCGGUCACGUGAUUGCGAUGCCCUCAGAGCACCUCUCGGAGGAAGGUAUCAAAGUGAUUACGGACUCUCAUCGAACCGAGAGGUUCACUGGUGCUUCCAAGAAGAUGAUGGAGGCACGAAAAACCGCCUCGCGCUUCGAGAUCCUGGGCCGCGACAACUCACACUUUGCGGUCCCAGAGUAA